UGCUAGAUGGCGUUGUGUGAAUGUUGUUUAAAAUUUAUAUUUUUACAUGUUAUUUGUCUAGACAAGUGCCCUAGUAUCUUGCUACGUACUAACAAUCUCGUUCCCAUGGCACCUGACCAUAACAACUGGUUGCAGAUCGCUCUGCGCGCCGUCCGCGAGAUGUCGCUCCCGGACGCGUGCGCCGAGCUGCUGCUGGCUGACCUGGACGGGGACAGGGAGAGAGAGCCGGAAGACUGGGAACAACGCGACGAGAGGGACGAGCGCUGGCCCGACCACGCCGCGCUGGACUGCUGCCGGUCCCUGGGCGGGAGCGGGUCGCUGCGGUGCGCGUCGGCCGGCAGUCUGCACAUACCCAUGGAGGGAGGUCGCACAGGCACCGCCGGGAGGCGCGAGCUGGCUGCCAGACCGGACGCGCAGCUCAACAGACAGUCGGUCCCGGAGUGCGCGGCGGGCGCGCGCCUGUCGGCCGCCGUCCCGGACGUGGCCAUGGCGCCCAACGCCAACACGCACCUGCUCACCGCCAGGGACUACUUCCGCCACGCGCCGCCCUGGGAGUACAGCGGCGGCGGCGUGUUGCAGCUGGACCUCGGCGACGGAGCCACGCACACGCCCAGGCCUGGCCAUGUCGUGUCUCCGCAGCCGCGCGGACGAGGACGAGCUGCGCGCCGCCAUCGAGCUGUCCGUCAUACGAGCGUACUCGGGCGCCUGCGGGGGCGCGGCGCCCUCCCGCGCCAGGGCCACGCUGCCGCAUGCGCAUGCGGCGGCUCCCCCCCGCAGCCGCGCCUCCCCGCAGCGGGUCACCGAACUGCAGCCGCAUGCGCAGCCGAGCCGGCUGUCGGCGGCGGGCCCGAGCCGCAGCCCCAGCCCCGCGCCGCUCCCGCACCGGGACUACAGACUAGAGCCGUCGUACUCGGGCUCGAGCUCGGGCAGCCGCCACACGUACGCGUGACACAGCCGGGACUCGUACCCGGGACCGAGCGAGCCCGCAGCCCCGGGGCCGGCCGAGCCCGUACCUACUCACGCGGGGCGCAGUGACCCGGGCACGAGUCAGGGAGCGAGUCAUGUGCUAGCACACGGUUAUACGGGGCGGAGCCACCCCGGGCAGGGUGAAGCAGCUCGCAAGGAUCCGGACUAUCAGGGAACGAGUGAGUUGGGCCGGACCCGCCCGGGACGAUCUCGCUCGGGUAGAACGCAACGAAGUGACCCGGGUAACAGUCAAGGAUCGAGUGAUAUGUUAAGUCAGCCUUAUCCGGGUCAAGCAAGGUCGAUACCCGUGCAAGCAGCUCAUAAGAAUCCGAAUUAUAGUGAGGGAACUAGUGAACUGGCCCGGAGCUACCCGGGCCGAACACAUCCGGGUCAAAAUGAUCCAGCUUCUAUUCGUAAUGUUCGUAAUAACCCGGAAUAUCAAGGACCGAGUGAUUUACUAAGUCGUUUUCACCCGGGUCAGACUGACCCCGUUCCGACGCAUUUAACCCGCCAAGACCCGGACACACAAACCUACAGUCAGACACCGAGUGAUGUGUUAUCCCGUAGCUACUCAAACCGGACACUACCGGGUAGAUCUCACCCGGGUAGCGCGCACAACACUCGCAGCCGCUCCCAGGGCAGACACCGUUCGAUACACACAGAUGAUUUAGCUUCCAACCCGGAUAUACUCGGAACAUACCCGGGUCGUACCCACCCUAACCGACCGACACGUAACGUACGCCCGGGUGAGAGUCCGUACCCGGGUGUGUCGACGGGUCGUGGGAACUUGCCCGGGUCUUGAACCCCCUUCCUGUUUUGACGUAGAAGGGACUUGACAGUUUGACAGAAUGUCAAUAUAUAUGUAUACAUGUCAGUUGUCAAAUCCCUUUUGUGUAUGUGUUAUAAGAUACCGGCUACGAGCGAUGUCAGGGGAUAAAGUUAGUUUUGGUUUAAAUCACGCUAAAACACUCCUUAUAUGUAAGUGAUAAUUUUAUGAUAUUUAUGUUAAAAUAUCUUGUUGCUAUAGUUUGGACCACUUUUGAGUUAUCUAGCUUGCUCAAAUAAGAAUAAAUACUAAUGAUUCCGUGCAAUUUAGUCAAAAACAAGUGAAAAUUUUACGAUGGCACGGUUAGUGAGAUAAAGCUCGGUGAUAGACGGAUAUACAGCAGCUUCCGUUUUUAUCGUUUUGGCACGGGAUCCUAAAAAGCGAUUGCGACAGAUAGCAUUAAUCAUCAUUAGCCUAGCCUUUUCCCAACUAUGUUGGUGUCGGCUUCCAGUCUAACCGGUUUCAGCUAAGUACCAGUGUU